AUGUCGAAUUUGUCAAAGCUUGAGUUUGUGGCACUUGAUAUCUCGGGAAAGAAUUACCUAUCAUGGGUACUUGAUGCUGAAAUUCACCUAGACGCCAAAGGUCUUGGUGCCACUAUUACUCAGGAUAAUACAACAUCAAGUCAGGACAAAGCGAAGGCAAUGAUUUUCCUUCGUCAUCAUCUGGAUGAAGGAUUAAAGGUUGAAUACCUGACAGUGAAAGAUCCACUUGAAUUGUGGACUGGUUUGAAGGAAAGUACCGUAAAAGGGGUUUUAAAAAGCAUGCUUGUGGCUGAGCAGCACAAUACCCUUUUAUUGAAAAAUCAUGAAGCCCGUCCCACUGGAACUGCUCCAUUCCCGGAAGCGAAUGUGGUAGCAACACAUGGCCCAACUGAAAGAAGACAAAAUAAUCGAGGCCAUAAUAAUGAGCGUGGGCGUGGCAGGGGCAAGGGACGAUAUAAUAAUCGUCGUGGUGGUGGUCACCAUAAAAGGGAGAACAAUAUGGGUUAUCAAGGCAAUCCUUCAAGGAACAACUGUCAUCGUUGUGGUUUGAAAGGUCACUGGAAAAAUGAAUGCCGGGCGCCUGAACAUUUUGUCAGGCUUUAUCAAAAUUCCUUCAAAAGAAAGGCAAAUAGAGGUGGUGCCUCUUCUGCUAAUGCCCGGGUGGAGUCACACAUGACUUUUAAAAAUAACGAUGAGGCAGGGCCUUCACGAAAAUAUGAUGAUAAUGUUGAAGCUAAUUUGGCUUUGAAAGAUGAUGAUUUUGAUGGGCUUGAUGAUAUUACUCAUUUGGAAGUUGAAGACUUCUUUGGAGAUCGAAAUUGA